UCCUGCCGCUUCGCGCCAAAUUGAAAAGGGUCUCUCCAGCCGAGAAGUGGUCUUUGAUUUGGCCUCCUUACCAGAUUGCAUCCAGAUGAGUGCUGGGAAUCAUUCGCUGAGCAAUGAUCUUAAUGGGUAGGGCUACAGAGGGGAGAUGGGUGCAGCUGUGAAAAGUCCUGUAAAAAACGUGAUGACUAUUUGGAAUGGCCUGAAUAUUUUAUGGCUGUAGCUUUCUUGUCAGCACAAAGAAGCAAAGAUCCAAAUUCACAGGUUGGCGCUUGCAUUGUGAAUUCUGAGAACAAGAUUGUUGGGAUUGGAUACAAUGGCAUGCCCAAUGGAUGUAGUGAUGACUUGCUGCCUUGGUCGAGAACAGCAGAUAAUAAACUUGAAACAAAAUAUCCCUAUGUGUGUCAUGCUGAACUGAACGCCAUAAUGAACAAAAACUCUGCGGAUGUGAAAGGCUGCAGCAUGUAUGUUGCCUUGUUUCCGUGUAAUGAAUGUGCCAAGCUUAUCAUCCAGGCAGGUAUAAAAGAAGUUAUCUUUAUGUCAGAUAAAUAUCAUGACACUCCUGAGAUGACAGCUGCUCGACGUUUGUUUGAUUUAGCUGGAAUUAUAUACAGGAAAUUCAAACCAAAGUGCAGUAGGAUAGUAAUUGAUUUUGAUUCAAUUAAUAACAGAUCAAGUCAAAAGCUUCUGUGAGUUACAUCUAAUUACAUUUCUAGAAGAUUGUGAUUAUCCUUUCCUAAGAAGAUGGUAAUGCUUUCACCCUGCAGUUAGGCAUAACUUGUUAAUACUCACUACUAUCUAUAUUUGAUGCCUAAAGAAUUGUUGUCAUCCUUUGCCAUACCUUUAAACUUUGACUUGCUGUAUUUUUCUAAACUUCUCCUAAAUGGAAUCUACAAAUGAGACCUGCACUUUUGUGUAUACUGCAAUAAAGCUGUCCUAUCCCUUGUAUCCUUUGUCAGACGUCUGAUCUGACUUUAAAAAGCUGAAAUUCCAAUCUAGUAACCUAUGAGCAGUUGACUGUGGAGAAAAACCCCAAUGGAAAACUUCAGCAACACAUAUGUAUAUGACAUGUGCGCUAGCCUGGAUCAACAGAAAACACAACUAUUAACAAUGAUAACGUUGACAUUCAAACAAUAACCUAGACAUCUAUAUAACAGACAGAAUACUGUGGUAUGUGUGAUACCUAUGCUAAUGCAUUGUACUGUGGUAUUUUACCAGAUGUUCGUUUCUUUAAUUGCUUCUCCUGUUGCAGUGUAGCACAUGAGCAUGUGUUCAAUUACAUUUGAAGAAUGUUUUGUAUUGGAUGUAGUUUUAGAGUAGCUUUAAUUCCUUCUCCCCAAGAUACUUUCAGUUUAGUAAAGGGUAAGUUAAUAAAUCAUUCAGUUUUCACCUAUGGGGCCUUGUUUGGAGCUGCUUUUAGUGUCUAAAAGGGAAAUUACUUUUAUUGGCCUAAAUUUUUACUAGACAAUGCACCAUACUCCAGUUCUAGAACCAUUCUCCAAGGUAAUCACUACUUUUCCUCUAAAAGAAACCAAGGGGAUUUAGUCUGUGCUGAGACAGUAUAUGCUAUAAGUCAUAAUUAUAGUUUUAGCUUGCUUUUAGUUGUUAAAAGCUGGCUCUACGCCAUACAUUUUAGAAACGUUUACUAAAACUAGAUCCCCUUUAAUUUUUUCUUUAUCUUCCUCUUCAGUCUGAUAGGGUUUUAAACAAUAAAUAAACCUAAUUGUGUGUUUAGAAACUGUUUCCAGUCCCAAAGGUAUUAUUUUUUUCAAAUGUUGUGAUGGACUAUUAUUUUCUCUUUGAAAUAUUUCUGUAUGUUAAGACAUUAUGCAAUUUGGCUUGCUACCAGUAUUAUUAAAGUCUUAUUAAAAAGCAA